CCCCCCGUGCCCCCCCCCCCCCGGGUUUCCCCGCCCCGUCCCGCUCCGGCGGGGCUCCGCCGCCCGCCCGUCCCGCCGCCCGCCCGGCGCGGCCCGCCCGCCGCCCGCCAUGCUCUCCGGGGCGCCGCCGCCGCCCGCCGGCUUCCCCAGCCCGCCGCCGCCCCAGCCGCCGCCGCCGCCGCCGCCCGCCGCCCCCCCCCACGGGCCGCCGCCGCCGUUCCCGGUGAAGGGCGGCCUGCAGAUCCGGAAGAAUGCCAUCACGGACGACUACAAGGUCACCACGCAAGUGCUGGGGCUGGGCAUCAACGGGAAAGUUUUGGAGAUCUUCAGUAAGAAGAGCGGGGAGAAGUUCGCUCUCAAGAUGCUGCAGGACUGCCCGAAGGCCCGCAGGGAAGUGGAGCUGCACUGGAGGGCAUCGCAGUGCGCGCACAUCGUCCGCAUCAUGGACGUCUACGAGAACCUCUACCAGGGGAGGAAGUGUCUGCUCAUCGUCAUGGAGUGCUUGGACGGCGGGGAGCUCUUCAGCCGAAUUCAAGACAGGGGAGACCAGGCCUUCACAGAACGAGAGGCUUCAGAGAUAAUGAAGAGCAUUGGGGAAGCCAUCCAGUACCUGCACUCGAUCAACAUCGCACACCGGGACGUGAAGCCGGAAAACCUCUUGUACACCUCCAAAAGGCCCAAUGCUGUGCUAAAACUCACGGACUUUGGCUUUGCUAAAGAAACCACCACGCACAAUUCCUUGGCCACUCCGUGCUACACGCCGUACUACGUGGCCCCGGAGGUGCUGGGCCCGGAGAAGUACGACAAGUCCUGUGACAUGUGGUCCCUCGGCGUCAUCAUGUACAUUCUGCUAUGCGGGUACCCCCCCUUCUACUCCAACCACGGCCUGGCCAUCUCGCCCGGCAUGAAGAAGCGAAUCCGAAUGGGCCAGUAUGAGUUUCCCAACCCCGAAUGGUCUGAAGUGUCAGAGGAAGUUAAGCAGCUGAUCCGCAACCUGCUGAAGACGGAUCCGACCCAGCGCAUGACGAUAACGGAGUUCAUGAACCACCCCUGGAUCAUGCAAUCCAUGCAGGUGCCCCAGACCCCGCUGCACACCAGCCGCGUGCUGAAAGAGGAGAAGGAUCUGUGGGAGGAUGUGAAGGAGGAGAUGACGAGCGCGCUGGCCACCAUGCGAGUGGACUACGAACAAAUCAAGAUUAAGAAAAUUGAAGAUUCCUCAAAUCCUUUGCUGAUGAAGAGGCGAAAGAAAGCAAACCCCACCGAGCCCGCCGCGCUCCCCCACUGAGGGUGCCCCAUGCUCGCCGGCCCUUGAGAAAGCAAUAACUAUAUAUAUAUAUUUUUUAAGAAAAAAAAAGACAAAAAGAGACAGACUGUUAUAUCAAGCGCAUGGAAUUCAGACAUUUAUACCAGACUAGUUAUUUUUAGCUACUCACCUGUGUUUCUGACCUUUCCGGAGCAGGCGGUAAGAUUCCCCCGUCAGAUCCACACACGGCGGCCGGGGGUUUUGUCCUGUAGGUGAACGCUGCCAAAAAUUGGAUUAUUUUUUUUUUUUUAAUUUUGUGAAACAGUUUUUAUUUUUAUUAUUUUCUUUUCCUUCCUUCCCAAAACAUGGAAAUUCCUGUGGUCACCUUUUUAGGGUAUAUAACAUAUAAAUAUUUUUUAAAAACUACUGUAGAGCUGAAAACCAGACAGCGCGUUCCCUGCGUGGAUGCUGGCUAGAGAUGGGCUUCGGGCUUGGGAGUGGCUCAGGGGGGCGGAGAGGGAGAGCUGCCUUCUCUCCCGUCCCACUGCGCGUGGCAGGGCUGGCGUGGGGGGUCCCCACGGAUGCUGUGCUGCUUUGCUGGCCUGAAAAACUGCUGCUUUUAAAGCACGGUAGCCAAAAACGCCCCCAAAGCCCUCCCUGACCUGGAAGCCUUGACUCUACCCGGCGGCACGCAGGGCUCCCCGCGAGCGCCGUCUGUGUUGCUGUCUGUCUGUGCGUGGGGUGUGUGUCGUGUCCGUGGGCGCGGAGCUGCGCGUGGCUCCCCCCGCCGUGGCCGCUGCAGCCUGUACCUGUGCCUGGAAUCCAGUUCUGACCUCAGGGGUGGAUGGGGGUGGACGGGGCCGAGGUGCGAGCAGGAGGCCAGGGCCCCCCGCGUCCCCCCGCCCCGCGGGAACGUGGGGCAAAGAUGCUCCCCCGCUGCCUCUGCCCGCUCCCGCAGCCCCCAGCUCCGGGGAAGAUGCUGUCCUGGGGGUCCCCGGGGAAAAAGUGAGUGAUGUGGGGAGGGGGUGGGGAUGCCAUGGGGCUGUAGCUUGGGCUGGGAUGACAGCACUGCCCCCUCCCUGGCUGGGGCUGGGGGUCCCGCUGCCCCCCCAGUGUGGGUCCUGCCAGGAGGCUGCUCCUGUCGCCGGCUCCCCAGGGACUGGGAGCGAUCCUCUGCUCCCGGGAGCAGGAUGGCUGCUCUGAAGCGUUUAGUACAUGAAUUAUUAUUAUUAUUAUUAUUAUUUGUCACAAUGUUUCACCGUGUUAAAUGUGUUCGAAUGGGGAAAAAAAAUUUUUUAAGGCAAUGUUUAGUUUUUAGGUGAUCUUUUAGACACUGUAUGGAAUUAAUUGUUUUAAAAACUGGUUUUAUUCUUUUUUUUUCUUUUUUUUUUUUCCCAUCUUUCCCCCUGUCUGUUGGCUUAUACUAAUCUUCCCGGUCUGCUCUUCAGUCCUUUGGAUUAAAGACACUUAAUGCGUCA